GAGUUGUGUUCCUACGCCGGAACGCAUGGGACUAUUUUCAAGCACAACUCUGGGAGUCUUGGUGGGGGUUUCCGAUGUUGAUUGACCAAGUUUGCGGUGUUUGUUUACCGUUAUGGAUGAAGUAAGCCCGCUGGGCGUUUAUUUAGUGAAAUCCGGAAGUAAGGGCGACCGACUGCUGUUUCGGUAUCCGUAUGCCAUCGACACAGAAAGUGACACCCACGGAAACAAAAAACGAAGCAACCCGUACGCACUCAUUCUCACCGAGGACACCCUGAACACAACCAGAAGCCGAACUUGUUCUGAAGUCUCUGACAAAAACUUAGUGCUGAUCUCGGACAAGGCGCUGUCCAACCUGUUUGCCACCAAGAGUGAACUCUGUAACCGCAAGUUUGAGCUCAAGGUGAACGACGUGCGGUUCGUGGGGCACCCCGUGCAGCUCUGUUCCAAGCGGGAGACGUCGACCUUCCUCAUGUUCAACGUCGUCUUUGCUCUCAAGGCCAAUGCGAGUCAUGACAUCGUCAACUUCUACCACGACUUUACGCACAAGGUUGCCAUCGCGCUGUCAUCGGAAGAGAGCCGCUGUAACUACCUGAGUGGCGAGCUCAAAAGCAUGCUCCAAGCACACGACGACACCGUGGCCAUGCCCGAGGACAGUGAAGAAUCUCCGUACUACCUCAUCCUCAAGCGAAGUCAAUUGGCCAGAGACCUGCAAAGAGCCUACAAUGAAUUGCACAGCAGCGGUUCCGUGCACCUGCGGAUAAACAGGUGGAUCAACGUGUCCUUCUGCCUUCCGCACAAGGUCCACAGGUUGAGGCUCACCAGAAAUUCUCUAAAGGCAGAAGCCAUCCAAAAGUGCCUCAUGCAGCUCAGGCCGUACCACACCCUCCUGCUGCUUGUGGAUCCACGAGAACUUGCCGACUCGCUGCCCAACGACUCGUCUUCUGCUCUGGUACGGCUCAUCUUUACAGCCAGCCCGAUGCGGAGCCUUGUCCAGCUGGCCGCAGACACGGACCUUUCCCUCAAGCAGGUGUUCCAGUUGGCAGCACAUCUGGUGUACUGGGCCAAGGCGACCAUCAUCUAUCCGUUGUGCGAGAGCAACUGCUAUGUCCUCGCUCCCAAUGCGCCCACCGACACCAACUCUCCGGUCCACGAGCGCUUUGCCGAGAUGUUCCCUGGCGUGUCGCUGCCGGCGUUCAUGUCCAAGUUCUCUCUGCCGACCACCCUCUCGCAGCUCAACGACCCCAUGGACCUCAAGAACGAGAGAAAGCAGCUCCUCCAGAUCCUGGUGUGGAUGCUUCAGGAGCGAGUGCUGAUGCAGUUGCACACGUACGUGUACCUGGUGCCCACGGAGCAGCCGCACGGAUUCCUGGGCUCACGGCCGUUUCUGGCCGACCCCCACGCGGCUCAGCGGCCGGCCACGAGCCAGUCGGACUUCAGUGGCUCCGUGCCCAGCGAGGACUCGAUGGUGGGCAGCCCGAGCCAAUCCAGCCAGUCGUCGAAGUGCGCCUCGGACGAGGACCUGUCGCCCGCCGACCCCCUCUCAUGGGAGGAGCAGGAGGCGGUCAACAGGAUACCCGCCUACCGAAACCUCGAGGAUCGGCAGCUGUUUGUCAGGUUGUGCCCGAUGUUCAGGGGAAAACACCAUCUUGAAGAGAUUAUGUACGAAGAGAAUGUGAGGCGCUCUCAUUUGCUGGCCCUCCUGGACAAGUUUAGGGAAGUGCUGUUCACGGUGCAGCAUGAGGAUCCGACUGUGGCCAUUUUCUACAGCUGAAUGGGGACUGCCAUCUGUGGCAGGACAAGAUGCAAGAAGUGAACGGCGAUGGGAACGACGCGCUCCUGGACGGCAGCGGGCUCGGGCGACUUCUUGGCGGCGCGGACGACGAGCACGCCGUCGGCUUCGGCCACGAACUCGGAGACGACGUCGUCGAUGUUCACAUCCGGCGGCAGCAUGUAGCGCCGCGUGAACUCCCGGCUCACGAAGCCAUGCUCGUCCUGACGUUCAUCGUGUCGGCCGUGCACGACAACGGCGUCAGUGCCCACCAGCUUGACCGUGAUCUCGCUCGGCUUGAAGUGACUGACGUCGAGCCGAACUUCGAACUUGGAGUCGUCGUUAACGACCUCCGAGACACCCGUCGAACGAGAGCAUCCGUCGCCAAUGGCCGUCGUUUGCUGGGAUGGAGGAAGAAGUGAUGUGUGGAUCAAACGAAGGUGCCAACAUUUUUAUUUUUUAAUAAAUGAAUUAAGUGACGUCUGCA